GUCGAAUAUCUCCAUUUUGUGUCACGCAGUCCAUUAAUGUGUCUACGUCUCCCUUGUUUCCUCUUUCCGCCCGUCGUAGGCCACCUUGCAGACGUCGGGAAAACUGCUGUGGCGCCUCCAUCCCUCGUACACCAGAGACCCCUCUGCCUCGCGCGAUUUUGUCUCUCCUCCCUCCCUGCUUCCACGUAUCUAGCCUCUCAUCGACUCUGUUUCGCUCCAGACUAAAGGAGUCUCUUUUUCCGCUUCGAUUGCCACAGGGCUUCCCCUUAAAACACCAGACUGUCUGCCGCUCUCUCCGUGUGUAGAAAAUGGCUGCGUCGAUUCUUCGUGCCGCUCAAAAUGGCGUCAUUUUCCGCCAUCUGAAAACUUCCGAAAUCACCCAGCGCUGGUCCUCUACGGCACGCGUCUUCGUAGACAAAAACACCAAAGUCAUUUGCCAGGGGCUCACUGGCAAACAGGGUUCCUUUCACACAGAACAGUGCCUUGCUUAUGGAACGCAGUUUGUCGGCGGUGUCAACCCCUCCAAGAAAGGUUCCACUUGGCAGUCCAGCGACGGGAAAUUUUCCUUGCCUGUCUUCGGCACUGUGAAGGAGGCGAAAGAAGCGACAGGAUGCGACGCAUCCAUGAUUUUCGUGCCACCCCCCUUCGCUGCGCAAGCCAUCAUGGACUGCAUUGCCGAGGAGAUUCCUUUGGCUGUUUGCAUCACUGAAGGCAUUCCCCAGCAAGACAUGGUCCGCGUCAAACAGGCGCUCCUGUCUCAGAACAAAACGCGCCUCAUUGGGCCGAACUGCCCUGGCAUUAUCAAACCCGGUGAAUGCAAAAUCGGCAUCAUGCCUGGCUACAUCCACGCAAAAGGCAAAAUCGGUGUUGUCAGCCGAAGCGGCACACUGACAUACGAGGCUGUCAACCAGACAACUCAGACUGGUCUGGGUCAGUCCACUUGCGUCGGUAUCGGUGGGGACCCGUUUAAUGGCACGAACUUCAUCGACUGCCUGGAGCGCUUCGUCAACGACCCCGAAACCAAAGGCAUUGUACUCAUUGGAGAGAUCGGUGGAUCCGCCGAGGAAGAAGCUGCGGCCUGGCUGAAAGAGCACAACAAGGAGCAGAAACCUGUCGUGAGCUUCAUUGCGGGUCUCACGGCACCUCCCGGCCGGCGGAUGGGUCAUGCAGGAGCCAUCGUGAGCGGCGGUAAAGGAACUGCCGAAGGAAAGAUCGCUGCUUUGGAAGAUGCAGGGGUUCAUGUCGUGAGAAACCCCGCUGCUAUGGGCCAGAAGAUGCUGGAAGUGAUGCAGGCGGCCGGCCUUCACUGACAGCCUCGAGUCUCUUCGACCCCGGAGUGUGUGUCUCCAAAAAGGCGUGGGCGUUCACACGGAUCUUGGCGUGUUUUCUUUUGACAAUGCUACUCAAGCCUGGUGUUUCCUUCCGGUUCUGCGUUUGCUGUUACCGGAGCGAAACGACUGUAAGCAUGUUGUCUUGUAAAGUUGAGAUUUGUACAAGGCCUGACCGCACUGGUUGCCCGCCUGCACCAUCCCACCGACAUGGGAAGAUUGCACGGUCGUUCAAUACUGGCUUCUGAGAUUCGGCGAGGUUGUCACGUCAUUGUUUCCAUGGGUGCCGUCGAACGAGUGUACUGACGUGUGUACUCUCUCAGAGAAGUUAACGUUAUGGCAUGUGUCGAUAACACACUGAAUCUCAACAUCUUCGCUACGCGGCAGAACCCUUCUUGAAACCUUUCCAGCUCGGCCGCUCUAUGCCAACAUGCCACCUGAUAGAAAGUAACACCGUUUAAAAACUCAUUAACGAAGCGCGAAACGAGCGACCCCGAACACACUUGCUUCCUUCUCCCAAUCCCAUCUU